AUGUAUAUGGUGUUCAUUAUAUGAUGUACAGCAUAUUCGCGGCAUUAUUUCUCUUACUGUUCCUGGUUAAUUUUUUUUUAACAUGUGAUCUGUGCCUUUUUCGCCUUCUCCAAAACAAAACCGUCGCCACAAAACAAUUCUCUCGUCAACAUGAGAAUGAAAUUAUUUGAUCAGUCAAACAAAUUUGCCAUAAUUUUUAGACAACAACCAUUCCUUCCUCUUAAACAAAUAAAAUAUAAAAACCAAAAUUAAAAAAUAACCAAAAAAAAUUGAUCAAAGGAAAGUUUAACUUAGUACACUUUAGAAGGCUUCGAAAAAAGACGUAGAAGUAAAAUUGUUAAAUACCUUGGAAUACCAAGUAACUGACUAAAAUAAUUGUACCCUCUUACAGAGAAGCCCUCUACCAAACUGCAGCCGGAAACUGUUACCAUCAAGGAAGGAGAAAAUGUCACGUUAUUUUGUAACUCUUCUGGAAGCUCUCUAACAAUAACGUGGAAAUUCAACGAAUCUGAUGUAACCACCUCAGGGGAUUCAAGGAUCAGUUUUUCACAUGACAAUCGACAUUUGAUUAUAACGAACGUGAGCAGGGUAAACAAAGGAGAAUACAAAUGUGUCGCGAGCAACAAGGUUGGAAACGACACAUCUAAUGCUGCCUUUGUGUCUGUUGAAUGUAAGUACAGAGCAAACGUAACAGGCCGUUUCAACUUGUUGGCAGCCUUGAAGUUUCUGUUUUCCUGCUGGGCUAGGCUUAAGAUGAUAGUGGACAAAAAUUGCAUUCUUAAGUUGACAUACUUAUACAGUCUACUAAAUUAACAAGUAUUCACCGAAGUGGAGGUGGGGAGUGGCGGAUAUUUACCAAACUGCGAAGCGGCGAGCCGGUUAAUAUCCACCUCUGGCCGCCGACGCUGAGGUGAAUAUAUGUAUUUCUUUUCGGAUAUACUAAAACAGUGCGAUAAUAUGACACAAAAAGAUGAUUUUAACUCAUCUAUUCCUUUUAUUAUUACAAUAUUCUCAGACAGAAAUCCCGCGCUCGUUGCUCGGAGGUGAUUAGAAAAGGAUAUUCGGAGAUUCAAAAGCCAAUCAGCGCAUGCCUUCAACGCUGUCUACCGAUAUAGUAUUAUACUAAUGUGGAUUAUUGAUAUAAACAAUUUUGUAAUCGUUUUAAUUCAAAUCGAUUUUUUAAUCCCUGCUGUUCUUUUACAGUUAUCAAACAGAAUAACUAUCAUUCAAAUCAGUGUUGCAGGGUUACGGAAAGACAAACGGCAAUUCUUGCAGUAUUUUGCGAAAUGUGUAUUGUUUUGCAGUGAAUUAGUUUUGAUUUUUUCAUCUUCAUAUCACUAGUUGGACCUGAAAUCUCCGAACCUCCAACUAGUCGCACAAAUGAGGAAGGACAUACCGUUGAGUUCAGUUGCGAAGUAGCAGGAUACCCUACACCUGAUGUCACUUGGACAAAGAAUGGAGUGGAAUUGAAUUUGACAAGAGAUGUGCGACUUAAUGUAUCUUCCAAUAAUGGAAACCACCAUUUGACUAUAUCAAAUGUUCAACAAUUGGAUGCAGGACAAUACAGAUGUGUUGCUAAAAACAGUUUGGAUACCGCGACUUCAUCCCCAGCGACCCUAUCAGUACAAUGUGAGUGUCAAAGUAGUUUAUCUUUGUAACGUUCUAGUGUUCACUACUGUUUUAUUCCAGUUUCUUUCAGCGUCGAUCACAAAUUCUAUAUAUCGAUGUUAUUGACAAAGCCAAUGAUGCUAUACUUGAAGUUCCUCAAUGGAUUAAAUAUAUGUGCUGGGCAUUGAAGGGAACAGCGUCAAAUUUGUUUUCGAUUUUUUAGCUUCUUCUUCUCAAAUUUUUGACUUGCGGUUUCUGUUAUCAAAGGGUCCUAGGUAAGUUCUCGUUUUACAAUAAUCUCCGUUAACUUCAAUAUGAUCUUAUUACUAAAGAACAGUUUCUAUGUCGUAUUAUUGAAUUCUAGUUGCGCCAGAAGUCACAAUCAUUGGAGAUCAAAAACGGUAUUUAGCCAACGGCACUGAUCUAUUGCUGACAUGCCAAUUCAAAGCCUUGCCUACCGUUUCUGAAGUGCAGUGGGUAAAAGAUGGGAUUGUAAUUGCAUCAACCCUUGCUACGCCUUUGAAUGGGUCACGUGAGCCUAUUUCACACCAAAAUGGAAGCCAAGCUCAGCUGUCGAUCAUCGCAGUUUCCUUGGAAAAUGCUGGAAAUUACACCUGCAAUGUUACAAAUAAUGUUGGUAGCUCUUUGGACUGGACAUCGAUUGUCAUUCAAGGUAUGUUGCCAUGUAAAUAAACUUGAACAUGAAAACAUUUUUUCCUUUCCUGUAAAAAUUGCUCAGCCGUAUUUAUCUCAUUCAGGAUCUUCUUGCUGUGUUUUGUAAUUGUUUGUUUGUUUGUUUUUGGUUUGUUUAUUUAUUUUUUGGCCAAAGGUGACCAAAAUCAAAAGUUCGGUGUGAAGUUGAAGGAAUGUUUUAUAGUCCAAGAUCAAUCUUUUAAAAAGCGUGUGGCCAAAAUUUGACUCAUGAAAUGUCACACAUUGAAAGACCGAUCUGUGCGUCAGUCCUCUAAGACCUUAAGGUACCUCGAGAGACUCAAUGGAGUCCUGGCUUUUACGGCUAAAGGUUAAACUUUUGGUCAAUUUCGGUCACUAAUUAAAAUUUUUCAAUUUUUACGCCAGAGGGCAAAUGUUAUCGGGCGUCACUGGUUUACUCCAUUGAGACCCUCUACUUCUCACGCGUCGCAAGUAACAUGAUUGGCCGAAAAUUUUUAUUCUGAAGUAAAUAAGGAAAUAAAUUACCAACAUCAUUGGGAAAUUCCAUGCAUGUUUAGACGCCAACGUUCGUCUAGUCAGGGGAGGGGUGAAAAUCUAGUCCUAAAAUGCAAUAACCGGCUUAGGGGACGCCUGGGAGAGCAAAUUUGUAACAUGCAAAACUGCUGUAGAGCUGAGGAGAUUUUUCAUUUAUGUAUGAGCUCUUUGCAUUCUGCAGUGACGCCUUCUAUAGAGCAGGACCCAAAAGCCAGUCCGAUCAAAGAGGGAGAAAACUUGACUCUAUUUUGCAGCGCUUCUGGAAGCUCUUUGAGGAUAUCAUGGGAAAAAAAUGGAUCUGAUGUAAAUUCCAGCGAGGAUUCGAGAAUCCUUUUGUCAAGAGAAAACGUACAGCUGACAAUAGUUAAUGUGAGAAAAACAGACAGGGGAGCCUACCAGUGUGUGGCGAACAACGAGGUUGGAGUUGCUACCUCCAAUGCUGCCAUAGUAAAUGUUCAAUGUGAGUACAAUUAUGGUUUAACGAGUUGUUGCGAAAUGUCAAUUUACUGAAAACAUAUGUUUGGCCUGAGAAGCGGCAAAUAUAUUUGAUAUGUAUUUAAUAUGUAUAUGUGUAUAUGUAAAUAUUUAACCUUCAAGGGUGAUUGACCUUUUUGGGCAAAUCUUUCUUUACUUUGACUUUAAUGUGCCACAGCAGAGUUCUUUCAAAUCGAACAAGCAACUGAUUGUCAUGAGGAUUUUUUACUCUCAUUUUGCAUGAUGCUUAGUUUUCCAGAGGUUGGGGUACUGUAUAAGCAUUUCGGGCUUAUGGAUUCGAAUCUUUUUAACGCCCAAUUUUUACGCCCGAUAUUUUUGCAACUGCCAACUUAGACUGAAUAAAUGGCAACGGUUGUUACUUUAUCGGAACGAAAUAAUCCUUAAAGCAAAAUUGCAAACUAUUUGUUGUUUUGUUAGUUUAGAAAAAACAAUCACUAUUGUUGAUGAUUGCAGACCUGUUUAUAUAGGCGUUGAUGUUUUGAGUGUUGAAGGAAAAAGGUUGAUUUUGUGUUGUUCACUUAGCUUUAACUUAGAUCACAGCUGCAUAGUUAUGGAAGUACACUAUCCGUGAUUUAGUGACAAGUGGUGCAAUAUUUUGUGAAUACGUUUAAUAUUACAGUGACUUGCAAUUCUUAUGCGUUUAUUUAUUUAUUUUGUUAUGCCUUUUUUAUAUAUCAGUUGGGCCUGAAAUCUCCGAACCUCCAAUUGAUAACACGAAAAUGGAAGGACAGACUAUUGUAUUCAGUUGCUUGGUGGCUGGAUACCCUACACCUUCGGUUGCUUGGACAAAGAAUGGCGUCGAAUUAAAUGUAACAGCAAAUUUACGACUAAGUGUCUCUUCCAAGGACGGAAAUCACACUUUGAAAAUAACAGAUGUUCAAAAGUCAGAUGCAGGACAAUAUAGAUGUGUCGCUAAAAACAGUUUGCAGACCUCAGAGUCAUCUCCCUUGACUCUUACAGUGCAAUGUGAGUCUAACAGUAGUUUAUCUUUGAAGUAUUGGAGUACUGAAUGUUUAAUUGUGUCUUUUGCGCGGUUGUCCUCAAAUAACAUAUUAUACAGGUUUUUUUAAAGCCAGUCAACCUCUGGUGGUACAUUGCUAAGGAUUUUAAAACGGACCAAAAUGAGUUGACAUCUGGGUGAUAAUUGAUCGUGCGAGUCUUCCUCAGUCGCCUUCAGCUCACAUAUCCUCUUUUCCUCCUUCUCAGUUCAUCUGUUUAUAAAGGACGUAGGCAAGAUACUGUUAUUUCGCAUCUAAUUCUAACUGUAAAAUUGAGUAUUAAGGAAAAGUGGUUUUACAACAUUUUCUUAAAUUUCAGUUGCACCAGAGGUGACAAUUGACGGAGAUCGAAUACAUUAUGUAGCCAACAGCACAAAUUUACUGCUUACGUGCAGGUUUAACGCCUUGCCUCCCGCGUCUGAAGUGCAGUGGCUAAAUAAUGGGAACAUGAUUGCAUCAACCCUCACUGUUCCCUCAAAUGGGCCAAGAGCGACUAUUCCACAUCAUAAUGAAAGCCAAGCUCAGUUGUUAAUCACCACAAUUUCCCUAGAAGAUGCUGGAAAUUAUACUUGUAAUGUCACAAAUGUUGGUGGUAGUUCCUUGAAUUGGACAUCGAUUACUGUUCAAGGUAUGUUCUGUUACGAAUGGACACAAAAAUACAAUUUCCCAAAGCAAUCACUCGGCGUUAAUUAUCUCAUUUAGGAUCAAAAAUCACCUAUCCACUGAAGAGAUUUGCAUUAUUUGUUUAUUCGUUGGUUGGUUUGUUUGUUUUUGCUGGAUUUUGUUUUUGCUUUGGUAUUUGUUUUCGGUUUUCUUGGUCGUUAAGGACCGAGACGAAGAGCUCGAUCUUUAAGGUCAAGGAGCCUUUGAGUUGUGUAAAAAUCAUAUUUUUUGCAAUCCCUCUGACCUCAAUCUGACUCAGAAAAUAACAUGUAUCGAGUCUUCCUGGCAAACCCUCUGUAAAAUGUCGUACUAAUGUUAAAAUAGUGGCAUCGUCAUUAUUGGUUUAGUCUCUGGCGAAAAGAUAUAGUGCUUUACAUUCCUACAUUUUGGACUCCAACUGGUGCCUAGUUAUGUGGGUUGGAACCGGCUCGAGAAAAUUUAUAUAACCUGUUUGGAUACGGAAAAAAACGAAUAAUAGAUAAACUUCAUAAGUUUAAAAUACUUGUUUGCAUUUCUACAGUGACGCCUGCCAUUGAGACGCACCCACAAGCUGAUCUGGUCAAAGAAGGAGAGAACUUGACUCUCUUUUGCAACGCUACAGGAAGCUCUUUGACAAUAUCAUGGACGAAAAAUGGAUCUGCUAUAAAUCCAGAUAAGGAUGUAUGGAUGCGUUUGUCAACAGACAACGAGCAGCUGGCAAUAACGAACGUGAGCAGAAAAGACAACGGAGCAUACCGGUGUGUGGCGAGCAACAAUGUUGGGGAUGCUACCUCCAAUGCCGCCAUAGUGACUGUUCGAUGUGAGUUUAACUAUGCUUUACGAUACGACUUAGAUAUAAAUUGUUGUGUAUUUAACAUUCAUCUUUGGUAAAAAAUUUUUAAGGAACGUCGGUUUCAUUUGUUUUCUUAUUUGAUACAGUGCUCUAACCAACAGGUCGCACUACAUCUUGUAAAUUAUGUCUGAUUUUGUAAAGACUCAUAAUUUAAUUUUUAUUAUUUAUAUUUACAGUUGCUCCUGAAAUCUCUCAAUCUCCACGUGAUACCACGGAAGUGGAAGGACAAACUGCUGUGUUCAAUUGCAUAGUAGCAGGAUACCCUACACCUGAUGCUGCUUGGACAAAGAAUGAAGCGGAAUUGAAUGUGGCUGCAGAUGCGCGACUUAAUAUAUCUUUCAAUGAUGGAAACCACCAAUUGACUAUAUCAAAUGUCCAGCAAUUAGAUGCAGGUCAAUACAGAUGUGUGGCUAAUAACAGUUUGGAUACUGUGACUUCAUCUCCAGCGACCCUAACAGUGCAUUGUAAGUCUAAGAGAUAUUUCAGUGAAGCUUGCGAGUGUUGAAUCUUCCUUUAUUUGUUUUGUUUUGUUUAAUUGAGCCGUACCCUCUUCCGCAAGGUGAAACGGAAGUGUCUAAGAAAACUGACACUAAUCGCGUUCUAUGGCGUCAUUAUAAUCUAUGCAAAAUGGUGUAACUUGUUAUUAUUUUUUACGUGCUAGCGAGAAAGGUAAUCGAAGUAAACAACAAUUCAAAUGAAUUCAUUUUCCAUAGUUUCGGGCAAAUUUGCAAUUCAGUGUCCGCCUUCAAUUAUAUACUUAGCUUUAAGGAUAUAGAAAAAUAUUCGGGGAUAUUGGGUGUAGAGUAAGAACAGGACGUUGUUUGAUUGGCAUCGUGCUUACGAAACCAGAUUUUAAUGUUUAAGCGGUUUUUCAGUGCCACGGUCGUCUAAGAAAGUUGGAUCAUUGCCGCAGAAUCUCAAGGUUUUACGGAUUUCUUUAAAAGAUAGCUACGCUGCACGUGUGAAAAAAAGAGCGACUCUUUUCUCAGUAGAAAAAAAUCGCUGGAAGAAACAACUAGUUUUAAUUUAUUAGCUUCGCAGCACCGUUCGCAAAGAGACCGAAAGUUGAAGGCGGACAAUCCUCUUGGCGCAAGACCAUUGAGAUAGAGCACCUGGUCUUCCAUGAGAGCUUUAACGGGCGGCACAAUAAAUGUAGUGAACGGUUUCUUAUAGAGAAGAGAGGCGAUCGAUAUCUGGCGCGGCUUGAUAUAUUGAAGAUUUUCCAUAGCCAAUUAGAAACGAAACGGAGACGUCGUAAUCUUCAAAAAACACAUCUAUGGUUGUCUGCUGUUCUUCUUGAAAUGUCUCUAUCUCAAAAGUCGCGGAAACUGGUCUUCAAACCUCGUCGUAGGUCUCCCUUAUUCGUAAAGUCGACCGUGAAAGCACUCUAAUCACCAGUUAUGAUAAUUUUGAAAGAAAACCACCAACUCUAGCCAUUCAGAAUUCAAGAAAGAAUCGACAAAAAAAGGUUUACUAAUUAAAAGCCAUUAUAUGUUUUCUUGCACAAGAAUGACAUCAUAGAACAAGUUUAGUGUCAGGUUUUCGUAGACGUUCCCACGCUUCCAUUUCACAAUCUCGGGGGAAGGGGGGGUGUGAAGGGUAUGGUUACACGCAGGCUACCAUAAGUACUUUAGAUCAUUCUUUUACAGACCUUACUAAUUUCUGUGGUAUGCGAAUAUGCUCUGGAUUUGACUUUCACUACUUAGCGACUUAAUUCAAACUGUUAAAUAGUACCUCGAUGGAUGAAUGUUUAUGUCUGCCAUUGGCACACCAUUUCGUCACCACCACCCCCCUCUCUGACGAUUUAUCCCCACUCCGUCACCUGAACCCACCAAACCCCCCACAUAAAAAAUCCCACCCAUCCCCAUCAGACCCCUCACCAACUCAUCACCACCACAUUAAAUUAUCCCAAACUUGAGGUGGCUCCAAAGAUCCCCAAACCUCCAUCACUUAUUUUUGUCAAAGCAUUGCAAAAAGAGCGAUUGGAGGAAUUAUGAACUAUGGGUGGGUUUACAUGCUGGAAAUGGAGCUUCGCUAUUAGUGGGAAUAUGGUGAAGAGAAAACAAGAAUGACUUAGUUGAAUGAAAAGCGCUCGUUGAUACCGCAUGGAUUAAGAGUGCCGAUUUGAAAGAUGAUUUUUAUUCUAGAGUUUUGCGGCUUAUUGAACUGCCUGUAGUUGGGGAAAGGCCGCAAACUGCCACACCUUCUUCACAGUUCUCAGACUUUGUCGUUUAUGUAGUGACGACUCUGAUUUCUCCGAAUAAUCAGAGACAAUGUGCCAAUUUUUGAUCGAUAAACGUGGUUAUUCUGUUUCUGUCAUUCAAACAGGCCACCACUGCGCCUAACAAAUUGAUCGACAGUCAGCACUACAAACGGCUGCGAAGGAAAAUACUGAUCGCAUCCCAUUCACUCUCACAUUUCACCCUCACAACCAAGCAGUUAAAUCUAUCAUUCUUUAAAAACUUUAAAUUACUAAUUCGCUAAAUUACUCAUUCGCUAAUUUCAUUCAAACGUGACAAAAACGGCAUAGGCAACUUUUUGGUCAGAGGUUCAUUUCAAACCAAUGACCAACCUGGUGCAAAACUUGUCCGCGCCGUAGAAUGAAAUGACGAGGACGUAUCCGAAGCAAUCGCUAGACACUUAAAUCUCCCUUAUCAUUCUAAACAGCAUAUGGCGGUUUGCGGCCUUUCUCCGCAUCUAGACAGUUCGGGAAGCCGCAAAACACUAGAAUAAAUUUUUAUCUGUAAAAUCGGCACUGUUAAUCCCCACGGUAUCAAAGAGCACCUUUCAUUGAACUAAGUUAUUCUUAAACGACUGUGAAUAUAUGAAAGUCAUAUAUUUGAACUGCGGAUAAAGGCGUGAAUAUGCCUUUCUCCGCAUCUAGACAGUUCGGGAAGCCGCAAAACACUAGAAUAAAUUUUUAUCUGUAAAAUCGGCACUGUUAAUCCCCACGGUAUCAAAGAGCACCUUUCAUUGAACUAAGUUAUUCUUAAACGACUGUGAAUAUAUGAAAGUCAUAUAUUUGAACUGCGGAUAAAGGCGUGAAUAUGAAAGCGAUCUUCGCAGUAACGAACACUACUUGAGCAGUGGUGAAAAUAAGGCCUGAAUAGCGUAGCUCCAUUUUCAGCAUAUAAACCCACAUACAACUCACAAUUCCUCCAAUCGCCAUACCGAUGUGUCGCUGAAAACAGCUUUAGAAAUAAUACCUCAUAUGCAGCCACACUGGAGGUGCAAUGUAAGCAAAUUGUAUUUUCUAAAAUAUUGAGGAGCUGUAGCUCUCUAACUUCCCGUUGUGCUUUGUGCUUUUCCACAAAAACUAGUGAUUAUUCAGUGCUCUAAACAAAUUGAGAUUGCAUUUUCAUAACCACUGGCAAGUUCCAAGAAAAGAACAUUCUAUUUCAAUUUGUUUAUCGAUGUUUGGAAUCUUUUCCUUCUUGUGCUUGGUUUACCUUUUUGCACGUCAAAUGGUAAAGGCUCGCUCACACAGUUGACUUGCAAGGAGUAUUUGGAGUAUAUUUUGAAUCACGACGGAAAAAUUAAUUAAAUCACUCAUUUUUUUAAGGAUUGAAAUAUCGCUUGAAAGAGCACACAAUAGACAGACGUAAAAGGAAUCGAUUGACGUGAUUUCUAUCGACGAAUGUCUGUUCAUGUACUUUGUUCAUUUUUUAGAAUUUGUAAAGUUUUUCGUUAACCCAGUUAGGCUGCAGGCUUUGAGAUUCCUCAAGAAAUUUAUUGAUACUAGUUUUUGUGUUUACUGUAUAUAUUGCUAAUGUGCAAGUUGUCCACGAGCUUGUAGUUUUCAGAAUUUACUGACCUUACGAAACAUUGGCUUUUGAUAGCUGCCCGAAAUUUACUCGUGAUAUUUCCAUUAAUAUCCCCUCUUGAGAUAUUGAUCAUAUCCGAUUGUAAAACCUCUGACCGCAGACCGCAAAGCUGCUGUUGUCAUAAAGAUAAUUCUGUUUGUUUUCAAAAAGAAUAGCGACUCUUAGAUAUGGAAUGUUUUGUUUGUUUUGCCUAUAGAUAAUAAGAAAGUUAGUCACUGGGAACAUAUUACGAUAACUGCGAACCAAUGUUUACUCUCUCUUUGUUACAGUUUCGACUGAAACAUUUCACCACGUAACUCAAGACGAACGUUUCCAUUUGGGUAACGUGAUAUAGCGAUAAAUUAUUCCACUUGGAGUCUGCGACCUCAGUACAUAAAACUCCCUGACUGUCUGUAAUCAGAAGCAUUCGCCUAUCUUGUGUACUUCGCCGUACAAAUUUCAAAAUCAAGAGAGUCCUAAGUGACUUAGUAUCGUCUCUUUUUAUAUUCUGAGUUACUGAAUAUUAAUGAUCGGCCUUGACCUCAAAAAUUUUGUCGAUUUGAUUGACUCGUCAUGUCUGUCAAUUUGCCUAUAAUCGGUUGCUUGGCAAAUUUGCAUACCAUUGCAUUUAAAUUUGCCCAAAACGAUAAAUUGACUAUGCUCUUUAAACGGAAGGAACACGCGACAGUUUGAUGCUGAAAUGGUUGUUAGAAUAGCUUUCCUUCUUUUAAUUGCUGUACCUCUUACACAUCAAGGUUAGUUGCCCCAGCUAUGGGAGUACAUUCUAGUUUGUCAGUUCAGGCUGUGACACGUCCGUGUCGAAGUGAUAUGCAAACAUACAAGAUCUCUAGAUUUUAGGCCUUACCAGCCAAUCCAGGGCACUUUUUUAAUCUCUUAUAUAUGUAAGUUUAUAAUGCCAGCUCAUUUUCGACCGAUAUCAGUUUCAAUUAACAAGUUUUCCUUGAUUUAUGACAAAACUUCCGGGUGCUCUGUGAGCUUACACUUGUCCCGCGAUUAAGUGAAUUUGUUUUAUGCAAAGACGUGUGUUAAGUUUCCUUUGCGCCUCUGGUUUAUUCGAUUUGCUCUUCAUAAAUCGAAAGACGAUAAUUUGCACUCAAGCAGUGAGCUAAGCGAGAUCGAUUAGUUAAUACGUUUGAAAGGGGCUCGUCUCAGCUUCAGGUUUUCACAUACAUUCGAAUCAUAACAAACAAUUAAUUCGACUUAUGAUAGUUAGGUAUAUUCAAUCUAAAUUCUUAAGCAAAAAGUGGAGUAAAAAUUGAGAAUUGUUAACAAGUUGAAUCAGGCAUAUUUUAUUGUUUGGUGUAACUAGAGCUCAGCUGUUCACGAUUGAAUGACCCCAAGGAAUUUUGAAUUUCAGCUCUUACGGAUGAUGAAGUUUGUCAAUUUUUUUUACCUCAAAGGCUGGCUUUUUCUGUUGAAAACUAUUAUAGGGCAGUUAUUAAGGGUAAGAGAACUUUCCUUAAUGAAUUGGUAAAUCUAAAGUUUCUUUUGGAAAGCUUUGGGAAAAUUGUGCGUGUCGUUUAAAGCGUAACGCACUUUCAGGGCCUUUCGAAAGUCGUGCGUGGUUCAUUCGCCUAUUUUCCUCAUUGAAACAUUCGGUUUUUAAUCUUUACCCAACCUUGCUAUGUUAAGAUUUAGUUUUGAUCAACAAUCGAAAGCCGUAAUUGUAAUUGUCACGACUAGUAAUUAAGAUCUACGGCAAAUUGACUUAUGCCCUGUUCACACCAAUUUAAACAAGUUUCAUUAAACGUAGUUUUUUCAAACAUGGUUUUAUAAAACAUGUGUUGCUCAAGAACCGUUCACACUGCAGACUGGGUUAGGUAUUACGCAGCCUCGUUUUGAUAUUAAUUGUUGCCAACAAAAUUAAAGACGCAAUCAAAAUGGCGGUCAGUUUAAAUCACAAUAUCCUGCUGUUGUUGGCGCAGUCACGGCUAAGGGAAAACCUCAGAAUUACACAAAACCUACAGAGAAACGCAGAGAGACGGUUUAAUCGUUAUGUCCGUCGGAGACGUCUCGUUUCAUCAUUGUUUUUUCGUUUUUUGCUUCGAUUUCUUCUCCAACAUCUUCCUGUUCGCCGUAUUUGGCUAAAAUCCCGGUCGCAGAUAUUUUGGGAAGAGACUUGCCAAGAUUGGGAAGAAAAGGACUGGAAUGAGAAUUUUCGCAUGUCUAAAGAAGCAUUAAAUUGCCUUUGCCGAGAACUUUCGCCACAUAUCUCUAAAAGGGACACUAAUUACAGGAAAGCCAUUACAGUGCGUCAUCGAGUUGCCAUAACAUUAUAUUGGCUUGCGGACACGGCUCACUUUCGAACGAUCGGAAAUCUAUUUGGUGUCGGAAAAUCCACUGUUUGUGGUAUUGUGCGACAGGUAUGCGAGGUGAUAGUGAACGUUCUUCUUCCCAAUUAUAUAAACGUUCCCCAAAAUCAACAUGAAGUCCAAGAAAAAAUUGAAGGUUUUAAAAGUCGCGCGGGCUUUCCCCAGAUUACGCCGUUAUCUAACUACCGGUGGUUGCAGCAGUCUCAUGUAUAAAUGAGAUUUGAAAAGUAAAUUGUCAAUUGUGUAAAUUAAAAUUACUGAUGGCAAACUUUGAUUGUCUGUGGUAUUCUUUGAAACCCCCACAUUUUUUUUGUACAUUUCAAACCCUGGACACCAUCUGAGAACAAUUAAAGAUGCAGUCAUUGCAAGUUUGCCAUUUCACAUGUGAAAUAAACAUUAGCACUGAAAUUAUGCUAAAAAAUUAGGGAGUAGUUUGAAACCCAUGGUGUGACAUAUGCUAAUUUAGCCAUGCAUACUACAUGUUCACAUAAAAUACUAAUUUGAGUGCAAGACUUGCAUCUUCCUCUCUGAGUAUUAGAUGUAGGCAUAAAGAAGGAGGGGGACAAUCUCAGCUUUUCGAUCAAAGUGUUCAGUUCUGUUGUAAAUUUAUCAAGGAGACUUAAAAGACAUCAUUCAUAUGACCCUCUCUCUCUGAACAACUGAUGGAACCUCAGAAACAAAUUUCAUCAAUUUAAAGGUGGAUCAAAACUUUAUUUCAAAUAUUAAAUCAAUUUUUCCAAAAGAUCCUAACCACUGUGCACAAAAAUAUUCAUUUCAGUUUCAUUAAUUUGCCGGAGCAUUUUUUAAAUACUCUGGGCCAGGUCGUUCAAAGGUGGCUUAACUUAACCCAGGGUUAGUGUGAAAUUUGAUUUCAAAUAUGAAAAUUUAAAAAGAAAUCCAUUUUCUUUUUUUUUUUGUCUACAAUUUGAUGAUUAGAUAGUCUAAAAGGAAUAGGGAAAAUUAUCCCAAAAAAGACUCCUGAAUAAAGAAAUGAAGAAGCUGAAUCAAAAUUUAACCCUGGGUUAGUGUUAAUCGGCCUCUCAACAACUAGGCUCUGCCGGAAAAUUAAAAAUAACACUCAAAGGAAAAAAACGAUUUUUAUUUUCUCAAAGAAUAAAAAAGCAUAUUCAAUUGAAGACAACUAUAGAAGACAAUUAGUUCAAGUAAAGCAAAGUUAACCAGAGCAUGUCAACAUCAAUGAUCUAAGCGUUAAUUUCGUUAUAGUUUUCUUUUUUUUCUUGCACCUUCUCCAACGACUGGGAAUCGGCCAUUAGCUUUCGUGAAACAUCGUUCAACUUACAGCAUAAACAAAGCCGAAAACUAAACCAACUGAAACUGUCGCAAGUACGAGCGCAAAUUAAAUUGUUGAAGACACGUACUUUUUAUUUUCGAAGUACCUGCGCCAAUUUCAGUGGAAACUCCUGGUCUUCCUUCCUUCUUCUCUCCUCCCUUUCUUCUUCUUUGUCUUUCGCGAGCCUCCUCUGCGUCAAGAAAACUCCUAUCAGCAGCUUGUUGAUAGGAAACAAAUGCCUCCAACGCCUUGUCAAUUUGUGUUGAGGCAUUCGUCGUUGACACCUUCCGCUUCUUCGUAGCGGGUUUGAAAAAUGGCUUGCCAACAUCUGUUGUUCUUUCUGUGAAGGAAUACAAGAAAUCUUUAAAGGCAGAAGUUAAAGUCGAGAAUAAAUCAUGAAUGAAUCAUGUGGAAGGCUGUUUGAGCCAAUACUUAUCUCAAUAUUUUUGUUCAACUCUACUCAUCUUGGAAGUAAAAUUAUCAAGAAAUUUUGUUAGAGAUUACAGACAACGUAGGCGUCGAUAUUGAAACAUUUUCUUGGCAUAUUGUCUGACCCCCCAAUCAGCGAAAGUUUUUAAAGCUCACCUGUCAAACAUUCACCCUUGUUUGGUUGAGGAAAUUUGCCGGCUGUUUUGUUGUUGCUGCCGACGCUGGUGCAGCCGUUGAAGGAAGGCAACUCUUCGUUUGGUUCAUCGUUCUCAAUUUUUUCAUUGUCUUCUUCUUCGUUGUCCGCCUCAAUGAUAAUUUUUGAAGAAUUUACCACAACCUUCGGUUUGGUACAUGGUUUUUUUAAGAGAAAUUCAUUGACUUCGUCGAAAAACGCCGGCUUCCUCUUUGGAGUCCCGUUUCCGGUCUUCUCGCAUUCGUCUUUGUAGGAGCGAUACGCACUUACUAAUGUGUGUACUCUUGUUUUGCAGGCAUCUUCAUCACGGUCUUCGUAGCCUGCCGCUCGAAUAAAAUCACUUAUUUCUUGCCAUAUAGGCCUCUUUCUGGUACAAGAUAUUAACUUCAUUUGUAUAUUUUCGUCCCCCCACUUCUGUAGUAACAAUAACGUUUCCUGAUUUUCCCAAAUCCUUCCGCAGGUUUUUUUGGCAACCGCCAUCUUUAAUGUGUUUAGUUAAACACGAAAGUUAAACAACCUCAUUUCGGUAGUUUUAUUAAACACGGUUUUAAACAUGUUUGGCUACACGCGCCCGCGGUAUGAACAGGUAUUUUAAUAAAACCAGUUUAGUAAAACAAGAUUUAAACAUGUUUAAGCUUUGGUGUGAACGGGGUAUUAGACAUGACCGUGACGUAUGCGAUAAGUACAGCAGUUUCGUUUUUGUCUUUUUAUUUUUUGUCAUUCUUUUAUGCUGUGUAAUUUAUUCAUUUAAAUGCUUUCUGCAAUAUCCGAUGAAUUUCACUGAGCAACAUUCGGUAAACUUUCCAGAUCCUUUCACUGCUAGAGUUGAUCAACCUGUACUCUCUCUCCUUACAAAUCAACACGUCUUCAAAUGACUAGAUGAUAAAACUUAAGGAAAUAAUGAACUGGAGCUAAGAUUAUUACAUAAGUAGGUAGAAAGCACCCAGUAAAGAGAAUGUUUAUUUGGAUAUUGAACGUGAAAUGAUUUAGACGCCUAGACAACUGCAAAUGCAAAGGCAAUCGAGCGUGAAGGAGAUGCAAAAUAUGCCACUUUGAUUUGUGUAAACUUCCCGUGGGUCUACUUAAGGCACUGUCACGCUAUUUAAACUCAUUUAUUUUUUAAGAGGGCGGAAAAGGAAACAAGAAGAUAUCAAAAUAGAGAGGCUAACCACGACUAUUACGCUAAAACGGCAAAACCUGAACUUCUUGCAAGCUGCUUGCUUUCACUGUUUGUAUAUUUGAGUUAAUUUAUCUAAAUUACAUGUAGACGGACAUUUUUCAUAAUUUUGCUAUUAUUUUGUUAAAGAAAUGAAAAGCACAGUGGGAAAACUUUAAGUUUUUUUUUUACUGCUCUCCUUUGCCGGCAAUUAUUGAACCCACUGCCCGUUCCCUAAAUGUGCGUUUUCAAUUUUUAGGCACGAACGUGAGAUAAAUAUCAAGUGUUUGAUGAUCAAAUCAGCUGUGUUGCACUUUUAAACCUCUGAAUAAUGCCUUGAUUUUAUGGAGAGAGGUUACAUGCUUGUCACUUCUAGGAGUUAAAGGGUUAAAUAACAAAGUGAGUCAUUCAUUUUAAUUCGAAUAUGAAAGAUUUUUACUACACUAUCAUUUAUGGGAGGAAAACAGGGAACUCGUUUAUUAUGAGCUGGCGAGUCUGUGGUCGAGUCACGAGAUUUAAUUUAAUUUUUCGGAUCAAAACUCAAAGACUCCAGAGGCCUCUGUUGUUUCUUUCCCAGCCUUUUGAUUCCUGCUCACCCUGUGAAUUGAAUAAUGAAGUGACAUUUUGAAUCUUUGAUUUCAUACCACCGUAGUCUCCAUCGCUGGCGUUUGUUCACUCAAAAGAACAACAGCUUUGAAAAACAUCACUUUGACCUAAGAGUUUGAUUUGAAUUUCAGAUGAGCCCGAAGUUGCAAUUGAUGGUAACCAAGAGCAGUUUAUAGCUAAAGGCGAGAGCUUCACGUUGAUCUGUCGGUAUAACGCUUCACCGCCUGUGUCUGAGGUGCAGUGGAUAAAAGAUGGAAAUGUGAUUACCAUAAAUGCCACUGUGACUAACAAUGGAUCAAGAGUUACUAACAUCUUUUAUAAUGAAAGUCUAUCACAGCUUUCAAUCACCUCAGCUUCCUCACAGGAUUCUGGAAAUUACAUCUGCAAUGUUACAAAUAAUGUAAAUGGUACAACAGAUUCGACUUUGAUUGUUAUUCAAGGUAUGUAUACGAUGUCCAUUACUUUCUGUACAACAUAUCUGCGGCAUUAUUUCUCUCAAUGUUCCUGGUUAAAUUUUUUUGUUAGUUUAAAAUCUUAUCCUGUGGAAGAAAAAGCCAACCCAGCAGUUCUAUGUAAACACAAUUACACGAAUUUAUUUUUGCCACAAAAAAAUUCUCUCGUCAAAAUGAGCAUCAAAUCUUUAUGGUCACGGAGCCUUUUAGUCGUGUAAAAUCAUAUUCUUUUGUAACCCCUCUACUUCAAUUUGACUCAGAAAAUAGCAUAUAUCGAGUCUUUGUGGCAAACACUUUGUAAAAUGUCGCACUGAUGUUAAAAUAGUGGCAUCUUUAUUAUUGGUUUAUUCUCCUGCGAAAAGAUAUAGUGUUUUACAUUCCUAUAUUUCAGACCCCAACUAGUUCUUAGUUAUGUGCUUAGGAACCAGCUCAAGAACACCUAUUUAAACUGUUUGGAUACGGAAAAAAACGAAUGAUAGACAAACUUCAUAAGUUUAAAAUACUUUCUUGCAUUUCUACAGUGACACCUGCUAUCGAGACGCACCCACAAGCUGAUCCGGUCAAAGAAGGAGAGAACUUGACUUUCUUUUGCAACGCUACUGGAAGCUCUUUGACAAUAUCAUGGACGAAAAAUGUAUCUUCUAUAAAUCCAAAUGAAGAUGUACGGAUCCGUUUGUCAACAGACAAAGAGCAUUUGACAAUAAGGAAUGUGAGCAGGAAAGACAACGGAGCAUACCGAUGUGUGGCGAGCAACAAGGUUGGAAAUGCUACCUCCAAUGCUGCCAUAGUGACUGUCCGAUGUGAGUUCAACUAUGGUUUACGACACGACUAAAAAAUAUGGAUCGAUCAAAAUAUAAAUAGUUGUAUACUUAAAAUUCAUUGUUGGUAAAGAAUGUUUAGGAAAGUCGGUUUCAUUUUCUUUCUUAUGUGAUACAGCGCUCUAACCACCAUGUCGCACUACAUUUAGUAAAUUAUGUCUGAUUUUGUAGGAAACAUAAUUUAUUUUUCAUUAUUUAUAUUGAUAGUUGCCCCUGAAAUCUCCCAAUCUCCAAGGGAUACCACGGAAGUGGAAGGACAAACUGCCGAGUUCAAUUGCGUAGUAGCAGGGUACCCUAAACCCGAUGUUGCUUGGGAAAAAAAUGGAGUGGAAUUGAAUGUGGCUAAACAUGCGCGACUUAGAGUCUCUUCCAAUGAUGGAAACCACCGAUUGAUCAUAUCAAAUGUUCAACAAUCGGAUGCAGGACAAUACAAAUGUGUUGCUAAUAACAGUUUGGAUACUGUGAAUUCAUCUUCAGCAACCCUAACAGUACAUUGUAAGUCUAACAGUAGUUUUUCUGUGAAACGUGCGAGUGUGGAAUAUUCUUUUAUUUGGUUUGUUGGUUGGUUUUUUUUUUUCUAAGUGUUGUCCAUAAGUAAUUCAGGUUAUUAUUUUUACAAACCCUACAAAUCUUUGUGGUUUGCGAAUUUGCUCUGGAUUUGUCUUUAACUACUCAGUUAGUUAAUUUAAAAAGUUAUUUUGUACUUCGAUGGAUGAAUGUAGAUGUUGGCCACUGGCGCCAAUACACCAAUAUUAUCCACUGAAAUUUUACUCUGUAAUUGACAUAUUUUCUCUCUUUGCUGCUCCAUUUCUUGUUCUUGUUCCUUCAUAAACCUUUCAGUCCACAUGUAUAUUAUUUUCACAAAUUCGGCAUUAUCCAGAAAACCUCUUAUUAGAAUUUGCAGACUCAUAACUUCUAGUGUAUGAUUUUCAUAUGAUACCAAUUAUGCUCGGAAAGUUAUAUCAUCUAUACACAUAAGAUAAAAAAUAAAUAAAUAAAAGCCCAUGAUGAUGAUACAAUCACAAUCAUUAAAUUACAUUUUAGUUGAUCCAGAAGUUACAAUUGAUGGUGAUAAAGAGAAGAUUGUGGCUAAGGGCGACGAUAUCAAGGUAACAUGUCGGCACAAGGCCCUACCGCCUGUGACUGAGGUGCAAUGGAUAAAAGAUGGAGAGGUGAUUUCAACAAACUCCACGAAAGUGAUCAACAACUCCCGAUUGAGUAUUCUGCACUUCAAUGAGAGCCUCAUGCAGUUGUCGAUCAGCACAGCUAUUGUGGCUGAUAGUGGGAAUUACACUUGCAAUGUUACAAAUAUGGUUAACAGUUCAUCAGACUCGACAUCUAUCAUUGUCGAAGGUGUGUAAGAGCUGUUGACAAAUUCUCAUUAACCCGUGUUUUAGGGUAGGACAGCCAUAAGCUGGGAUUUCUCCACACAGACGUCGAAGAAAUGAACACAGUUUUUAAGGUCUAAUUAAAAGAAAUGUGAGAUCACCGGAUACCGAGAGCAAGAUUUCGCUCGAGGCUCUAGGGCUGUCUAUAAAGUGCAUAUUAAAGAGAUAGGCAGCUGUGUACGCAGGUGUGCGCAGGAAUUCCGAGUUACUUUAUUGGUAACGGGGACUUCUUGAUGUGUGCUGGGACAUCCCAAUUUUUAAUGAGAUAGAUGAUAAGCUACUCUCAGAGACGGUUACAACCUACUGGAAUUACCAAUAAUCAUUGCCUGUAACCGUUUCCGUUGCCCAUAAACUUUUAAACAUUUUUAAGAUGAAGGAUGUUUUUUUUCUUCUAUUCUGUGUGACAAAUUGUAAUUUAUCCCAGCACCGGGCCAUGGGUGAAUAUACAUAAUGUACACCUUAGAAAAGUAAAAUAAUUUCCUUUAGGUUUGAUCAGAGCAGAAAUGUUACUAUUUAUUUUUAUUUUUUCAGGGUUGCAUAAUCUUAAAGCACCUCGUGACUUCCUAUGAAGUCUAUGAGAAAUUUCGUCAACGAUUAAUUUAGCGGAAAUGUAGACUGUUUACAACAUUGAAAACAUAGUGGAGUGCUUCAGACUUAGUUUCUUUUCUGUUUUCCCUAAUACAGUAAAGCCUUCCAUCAUUACUCAGCCAAAAAGUGCUGCCCCUGAAGAAGGAGACACCGUCAAGUUGUAUUGCAACGCUACAGGAAGCCCUAUACUGCACAUAUCCUGGACGUUUGAUGGAUCUGUUAUAGCAGCAAAUGAGAACUCCAGGAUCAGUUUGUCCAACGACUCUCAAGAAUUGACAAUAACAAGUGUGAAAAGAGGAGACAGAGGAGAUUACCGAUGUUUAGUGAAAAACAGGGUCGGAAAUGACACUUCUGACCCCUCUGUGAUAAACGUGCUUUGUAAGUACGGAAUAAGUUUGCUUUUCUAAGUCAUGAAAUCGCACUAUAGUCGAGCUAUACCCAAUCUCAAAGACCUAACUUUUUUUAGCGUUAUCGAUAAGGUAUAGACCAACUUCGGGUCAAGAGAAAUGUAGUUGAACGAAAAAAAUUAAAUAAAUAAACAGAAUUGGGUGUAAUAGAAAUUUCCGGGUUGUGUUACAACAUUCUAAAAUAGGGGUCCAAACAGUCCCUCGUAAUCCUAGAGAUGGAAAGACAAUUACCUGCAUUACCUAUUACAAAUCAGAUACGUUGCCUUUAGAAGCCAGAUAGGGCCUGAUUCUGUUUGAGUGAACGACAAGCUGUUCCUAGUUUACCCAUUAAAUAAGAUAGAUCUCUUAAAUAAGAUAUAUUUCUCUCAGGAAUGUAUGAACGAACUGGCAGAAGAAGAGAGUGGGCUUUUCUAGAAAUUCUUUGGAAUUCUCUUGCUUAAAGGAACGUUUAGCGAUUUAUUUGUCACAAAAAAAAAAGGAAUGAAAAAAUUAUUUGAUCGAUUGUAGAACUGCUUAAGGUUAUGCUUCUGGUUUAUUUAUCUAUUCAUUUUAGUGAUAAUUUUUUUUUUAUAGAUCGGCCUGAAAUUAUUACGCAUCCUAAGAACUUUACAAUAGAAGAAGGACUCCCCAUGACCUUAUUUUGUAACGCGACCGGAAAUCCAACACCAACACUAUCAUGGACCAAAGAUGGAUCUCCUUUAAAUGACGCCCAAGGGAUAACUUUUUCAGGAGACAACAAGACACUGUUUAUAGCGAGUAUUAACAGAUCGGAAAGCGGAAAUUACAGAUGUGUUGCCAAGAACGGCCUUGGAAAUGAUCUCUCAAAUCCUGCAAAAGUCGACGUACAGUGUAAGUGCUCCAGUAAUUCUUUUCUGUUUUACCUAAUUUGGAAGGAGAAAUUCUGUACAGUUAAUAGGAUUUAAAAGGUAUUUGGCACAAAUGAAUGUGAAGGGGGAAGCAGCGAUGGGUUCCGCGGAGUUGAAAGCAACAACCCUAGGAAUCACCAUUCAAAUCUUAAACUGAGUUAAUGUCAAGUAUAAAUCAGACAUUUUUUUAUACCACAAACGUUUACUCAUGAGAACUGAACACUAAGAAAAUUUAUGAUGCCAUUGGUGUCGCAACUUAUGCAAAAAAACAAAAUGUUUAUCUUUGUGUUUCGAAUUUUUCACAAAAAUUUUGCAAACUUUGAAAAUGGAAAUUAGUUGUCCAGGACCGAAAGUUGAAUGUACGCGCCCAGUAUUCGUAAACACAUAUCUGGCUUGUUAUUUCAAUUCCCUGUUGCGUAAUUUUUUUUCUCGUUUGGUCCCGUAUUUGGGUAAUUUCCGGCAAUUUUCUUAGUCGGUUGUAGUGCCAUCAAUCUUGUCAGCUUCAUCUGAAUGUCGACAAGGACGGCAUAGAUGUUAAAACUUUUCGUUAAACAUCGCCCAUUAUCACUAAUGACAAAGCAUUCCUAGGUCCUAGCAGAAAUAACAAAUCACGUUUUCUCAUUUAUCGUUAGUUAGAUGAUGAAAUAUACACAGGAUAAGUAUGAAAAAAAGAGUACUAAGAAUUGAAAUAACCCUAUAGUCUUUCACUGGUAAAAAGUCAUGUUUUGAAAAAACUAAAAAAAUGGAAAAAAUGACGAGGACUUUGAGAUAUGCAAAGGAAUAAGCCGGUAGCUUGUGAUAUUCACUGAUUUGAGUUAACAGAGCGUAACACUUAUGUUUUUAAAUUCCAAGUUGCACCUGAAAUCGUGGAAAAUCCGAAGGAUGUCACCAUAGUUGAGGGAGAAGAUGUUGUGUUUAGUUGCACGGUAGAUGGAAAUCCUUCACCAAGAGUCACUUGGACGAAGAACGAGGAAAAACUGAACACAACAACAAAUCUACAACUAACAGCGUCGUCACUGAACAACAAUAACAGUUUGACAAUCAGAGAUGUUCAUCGAUCGGAUUCGGGACAAUACAGAUGUGUGAUUAUUAAUAGUGUUGGCAACAUAACAUCAUCUCCAGGAGAUCUAAAUGUACAAUGUAAGUAACUUACAAAAUCCCUUUAUCGUUAAAAAUAACUACAGUUGGUUUGGAUCAGUUGUUUUUAAAACGUAAUUGUUUUGGUAUUUCAACCUCUUCACAUUAGUGAAAACACAAAGGAGUUGCUAUUUUUUACGUCACGCACGUUCUCGAAUUUUCUUUGUGAUGAUAUUGCUUUUGUAACCUUAGAAAUGAUUAACAGAGCUUAGCCAUUUUUUGGCUGAUUCUUUCUUCUUCCUCCUUUAAUAAGAAAAAAAAUCCCCGACUAUUGCGACUUACGGAAGUCGAAAGCGGUCUUUUUUAAAAGAGGAAAGACAAUUUUUGACUUGUAUGGUAAUAUAGAGCAGACAAGUUUAUUAUUAGUUAUUUCAAGGUCGUGACCUAAUCAACCGCAGCAAAAUUCUCAGUGGAUCUUCUUAGGGGGGUAGGGUACGAUCAAAUAUUCUAAACAGCGGCUUCGAUCGUACUGUGCUUCCUAACUAUGGACGAAUUUCAAGCCGGAACUUUUACGUUCAGAGAACGUCUCUAUCAUUGGUUCUUCGUCAUUCUGCUGUUAGUGUCUUAUUCAUCAGGCCAAGGAGGUAAAAGUGAUUUUUCUUCUUUUGAAGACAGAAGUGUUUGUAAGAUUUGGAAGCGGAAAUCAUUUACGUUGACUUAACCUAUUCUGUGUACGAGGUGUUUGCUCCGGCCGCGCAUUGAAUUUUCGCGUUAAAUACUAACGUAAUGAUGGGAAUUAGUUCUCUUAUGUGUGAGAGAAGAAGCUUUUUAAGUUAAAUUUAUUGAAAUGCAAAGUUUUGGUCGAUUUUCUUCGGCAUAAUAUUUCGAUAUUGCAAUUUAAUUCGAAUGUUUCGUUUUUCUUGUGUAAUUAUGGCUUCGACAUAAAUCCGCUUCAACAAAGUUUAAUCGAAUUCGUUGCUUUACUCACCAAACGUAAACUUCGUUUGCAUAACGGAGAUACCAAAAAAUUUCGCAAACUUUAGUACAUACAAGCUUAUUUUACACACAGGUGCCAGUUAAACACCAAUUAUGACUCGAAAGUAUUUCGAAUAUUUUUAAACUAUUUGCACUUCCUCUUGAUUUGGGUUACGCAUAUGUUACGUGGAUAAUUUUCCUCGAUGGGACGUGACUGGUGACUUUAUUUUGAAAAUAUAAGUUGCCAUCGAGCGUUGGUGUUCUGAAACAACUAUAUUUAGCGGCUGGUUUGUUUAUAAACGACCUUGGAACACGCAACGCAAAUUGGAACUGUUUCUCGUUCAUAGUUCCACUGUCAAGUUGAGGAAGUUAUUAUCUGUAGUUGUUCUGUCUUUCCUCUCAAAGCGCUAGAUUUAAUAGCAGCACUGUAUACCCUUUAACUGAUAGACUGGGGAACGAUCACCCAGUUGUCUGACAGCCUGAGUGUCUGUCACCGUCAUUUACUUGGCAAUAUUCAUCAUCAUGCAGUUGGUCGGUAAUGGCUUUCAAAAGAUGGCCAGAAGUCGGUAAAAAUCAGAAAUUGUUAGUUUUUUCACCUCUCCACAACAAUUCUUUAGCCUCUUGAUGCCAAAAUGGUAGUUUAGUUCGAACAGUACAAGCUCAAUUCUCUUUGGAAUGGAUCACUUUUAAAGAUUGUAAACUUGGCAACUGUUCAUACACUGAGUUAGUGAGUUAAUUAUCAAUCCUCAAUGUCUGUGAUGUUGUGAGAAAUCACUUUGUAAUAAGUUCAAAAAAGAUCAGCACCAAGUUUUUAUUUUUGUAUUCUAAAAUUGUCUUUUCAAUGUAGUAGUGCUUGUUGAGAGAAAAUUAAGUACAUGAUUUUCAUAACUCUCUUUUGCUAAUUAAUUUGUUAUUAACAUUUAUGUGCCUGUGCCUGUGCUCAUAUCAGCUAUACACUGGUAGGUGAGGAUAUUUUCAUUGAGAUCAAAAAUGGUGGUCCUUGUGCAAGCUUUUUGAUUCUUAAUCACAACAGCUAAUCAACAGUCCAACAGAGUUGUGAAAACUUGUCUUGAUCUGAAAUAGAUUUUAACUUUUAACAGUUUGAGAUUUUUCUGUCUCGAUACAAUAACAAUCUCUGGAGAACACUGUAAAAGGCUUUGUUAACCCUUUAACCCCUAAGAUUGACCAGCAUCUAAUUUCUCCUUACAAUAUUACCCUUGAAUCAAACAUUAAGGUCAUGAGAAUAAAGAGGAAAUGAUCAACAACAGAAGCAGCUCUUGAUUAUCAAACAAAUUCUCUUUGUCAGCACCUUGGGAAACGUACAGUGAAUAGCGUGGAGAAUAUGUAUACUGAUGUUAGGGGGUAAAGGGUUAAAGCCUAAUACUAUGAGGGGAACAAAUGGAGGUACAGGAGGGGAGGGGGGGAGAAAGGGGAGGGCCUGGAUCCUGUUGCAUGUACAAAUUUUAGAAUUUUUCAAGUGUUAUCUAUACUUUAAACAGUGUUUAGUGCAAUACAUCACUUCAAAUCAAAUUGCUUUGGAAUUCAUGCAAUAGGUAUUAAUUUUGGGUAUGCUAACAUGUCAGAUAUAAACCCUUUACCACCCUCUACUCUCUUGCCACUAGUGAUGAAACACAAUUUAAUGCACUUGUAACUUAGGAUCAUUACACUUGUACAAAUAAGACUGGUCAGUCUAUAAAAACAAGGUGUUUAUUGGUUGUCGUCCAACCUAUCAUGAAUUAUAUAACUGCAAGGUCACUUUAUUCCUUCAAAGAAAGAGCUGAAGGCCAUAUAUCGCAAAAAAAUUAGGAGAGGUUAUUAAAAUAAGUGAAGACUGGAAAGAAAAGUUUCCAUGGAGGUAGGCUCAAACCACAAAGGCUGACCUUUACAAGAGAUCACCAUAUGAAGGAAUCCUAGAUGAAACUAAGCCAUUUCUCUGGAUGAAGCUGAAAUAAAUUUAAAUCAGUAUUUAGUUAUAAGUAUUUUCAUGGCCUUAUUGAAUGCUACACUUACUAUAUAUAUCAAAAUUUCCUUAUUAUACUCAGACAUCUUCUCUUUUAUCCAGUUCCUCCUGAAUUUAUCAGCAGCCCACAGAAUGUGACAGUAAUAGAAGAGCAAAAUGCUAACUUAACUCUGAACUGCACAGUUUAUGGAAAUCCUACGCCAGAUGUGAAAUGGACUAAAGAUGGAAUUGAUAUAUCAGAAAAUCAAAGGAUUAUUGUUUCUGACUUUAAGGGAAACACUUCAAGUUUGACAAUUACCAAUAUUGUGCGAGGAGAUGAAGGCCAAUAUAGAUGUGUGGCAAAUAACAGUGUAAAUACCACUAUUUCAGCUCCAGGAAAACUGACAGUCAACUGUGAGUAUUAUUUUUCAGACUGAAUUGCAAAUAUAUGAGAUCUUUAUGUCAAAGCAUGCUUACUAGUAUUGGUUAGGUGAAAUCUUUGGUAAGUCAGCACAUCAGGUACCUGAGACCCUUAUACAUAUAAGUGUCUGCUCAGAAGACACCCAAAGGAACUUGUAGUAUCUGCUUGAUAUUGUUCACAGUGUCUGCUAAGUGAUUAACAUGUAACUUCUCCCUUCAGUAUGAAUAUGUUAUUCAACAAAUAAGUUUAUAAGAGAAAACUAAUACUUAUUGGCAGAAGUUUUUAUCUUGAUCUAAAACCAAAUUCUUGCAACCACAUGUAAUUUACAAAGAACUGUGUUGCAGCCAGAAGGGAGAAUUAAGAAACAGAUGUUGGGAGUUAAAGAGUUAUUGCAGGUUUUAAGUGCACAUGUACUCAACAGAGGUUGUAUUGCCAUUCUGUCACCUUAACCACAUAACCUUUUGUUUUGGGCAUGUCAUGUGUUAACACAAGGAUUUGAGAACAAGGACCUAAACUAAAAUUUCACUUUGAAAUGUUUUGAAAUUUUGUGUGACAAAUUGAUGUCUCAUGAGCCAAUCUGAUGCAAGCAUUGUGCAAGACUGGUAACAAACCACUUCUCAAUUUGCUUUGCUUUUGUUGCAUUAUAUGACAUGCAUUUUAGAUAAAACAUUUGGAUGAUAUAGGUAGAUAACCUAAAGCGUGGUUUGAUUUGGUGUUUUUCCUUGUGGGCUCAUCAAUAUACAUUUACAAACAAUAAUUAGAAAUACAUAAGGAUACUACACACCAAAUUGUUCAAUAAUAAUUAUAUGACAUAAUUCAAAGAAAUAUUUCAAAUAGUGUUCACAUUUUGUGGUGACUAACUUGAACAAUCCUUAUGAUUACAGUUAGAGCAGAUGUCAAAAUCAGUGGCAGUGAAGAAAAGUAUGUUGAAAUAAACAAACAGAUCUACCUGAUGUGCCAGUAUAAUGCUUCGCCACCAGUGACAGAGGUACAAUGGGUUAAAGAUGGAAGUGUGAUAGCUAGGAAUGAUAGUGGAAUUGGUAAUGGAUUGGUGAAUAUUACAGAAUUCACUGAAAGUCAAUCACACCUUUUAAUAUCAUCAAGUACAAGGAAUGACGAGGGAAAUUACACCUGCUUUGUCACAAAUGCUGUCGGCAAUUCCUCAGAUAUAACUUCAGUUCUUAUACAAGGUAUGUCUUUCUCAAUGAUGUAUAUUAUAAAUUAUGAUAUUUUGUACUAUUAUUUGAUCUCAUCACUGUGUACAGUAUUUUAUGCAGAUUCUCCUCUCUUUAGGAUGGUUGUUUAGAGUCCAGUUAACUCCCAUGAUCUGAUUGUUAAUUCUUCCCUCUAGCUGCUACACAUUUCCUUGUAAAGUAACUGGGAGAAUUUGGUGUUAGAUCAAGAUAACAACUUUUCCCCAAUAAGUUUGAGUAUUCUCAUUACCUGCUUGCUGGAUUACAUAUGGUUAUUAUAGGGAGAAGUAACAUGUUAAUCACAUCUGGGAGUUAAACGGUGAAUGGCUUCUUUUUUUUUUAUUAACUUUGUUGACUUAUUUUGAAACUGGUUUCAUUUGCAUUUUUUUUUAUUUUUAAAACUUCUCAAGGUGGAAAUUCAGCUCCAAGCUCAAAUGUCUUUAACCCUUCACACCUUAACAUCAGUAUGCACAUUCUCCAUACUGUUCUCUAUACAUUUCCUAUUGGCACUGACAAGGAGAAUUUCCCUAAUGAAUGAAAGCUUCUUCUUUCCCUUGUUCUUGUUACCUUAUUGUGUGAUUAAGGGAUAAUAAAAUUAUAUGGAGGAAUUAGAUUACAAUCACUCUUACUGGUUAGAGGGAUAAAGGACAGCCUAAACUUCUGAAAGGGUUCUUUUCCCCUUCUUCUCCCCCCUUAAGAAAAAAAAGAAGGUAAAUUCUGCCAGUAAACAGAGAAAAACCAAAAAAACGUGGACAAGCAACAGCACAUCUCACACACAGUGUCACAUCAGUAACUAUAAUGUGAUCUAUGAUCUAAUUUUUUAAAAGGUAAAUUAACCUGACUUGGAAAAAAACAAAAAAAUAUUAAUAACUGCAGCUAUACAUGAACUAUGUCUGUAUAUGAGUCUCUUUUAUAUCUUUUAACCAUAGUUACACCAAGUAAUGUACACAUUAUGGCAUUCUUUGUGUUGGCACAACUCAGGUUCUCAACUAAGCCACAUUUGUUUUUUAUCCAAAUAAUUAAGGGAGAUGAGUUCACUGUUCAUGUAUCAUUAACGUAGAACUUGUUCAUUGUAGAACAUUUCUAAAACUCUUCAUCUAUUUGAGUGGUAAAAUGAAUACUAAAGUGUUGUUUAAUUCCACAGUGGUACCAUACCCACCACAUACAUUGACGGUCGAUUUUAUGGGCUCUCGGGUGGUGAAUAUCUCUUGGACAGCUGGUUUUGAUGGAAAUAGUGCGAUUCAGAACUACACAGUGGAGAUCGGUGAAGAUAAUCAGAUCUUUCAGGGUGUUGUUUGUCAGGGAUCACUCUCAAGUGGUGCCUGUGUGGUGUCCUCCACAAAAGCCUCUCUAACCGGUCUUCUUCCUUGGACAACAUAUAACAUUAGAGUGUUUGCGACAAACGCAAUUGGCAAAAGUAACAGCAGCCAAAUUCUGACUGUUAUCACAGAUGAAGAAGGUACAUGUGUGCUACUUACCCUCUGCAUUUCUUCGCCUAGUAUAGAAAGAACCACAUAGAUAUUACAGUCACCUGAGUAUUAUGGCAGGAGAUAAAUUUGUACAACAAACUUGAACGAGAAUCUUAUUGUGUAUUAACUGUGAAAGUUUUGCAAGCAGUAGCGAGCAAGCACUAGUUUAGAUACUUUUGCGAGGAAAUCAAGCACAAACAAGUCUGCUUCAACUUUUAUUUGUUAUAUAAUGACAUACUAAAAGAGAUGUAUUUUUUAAUUCACUUUUACAGUGCCAAGUGAAGCUCCGACUUUUGAUGUGAUUGUUGUCAAUUCAACUGCAGUGAAUGUUUCUUGGCAGGUAAUUACCAGACGUUACAUUUAUCUCCAAAUGAUUCUUUUCUUUUAGUAUUACAGUGCACAUUUUACAUCAAGAAGGGAAGAGUUUCAAACCUGAUUACUGGUUUACAUAACUGUUUUUUUUUAGGACAGCGUUAAAAGAUAAUUACAUGUAUGCUGAAUUAUGCGAAAGUGCGUAUGAUAUAUAUGACGACACUUUGAAUCUUGAAUACAUCGUUAGUUUUCGAAUAACCAUACGCGUGUUUGGCUCUCUGCGUGGACUUAAACUAAAAGUCUUUGUAUACAGUUUGUAAGACUCUUAGUUAACUUGGGACAGUAGCUUACUUGUACACGUACGUGAUGUCAUCAACGACAUUAUUCUCAGUUUCUGUUAAAUUCCGUGUUGUUGUGUACCAUUUUACGUAUACAGAUCACUGAUGAUACGAUGUAGCUAGCAAGUACAUCGUUGAUACCUUCACCUGUGGUUCGUGUGUCGCGUGUUUAGAUUACAGCUCUAAUUAAAUUUUGAUGUCCUCUGAGAUCCACUUCAGACUACGGAAACACGGACUGUGUUUGUUAAAAUAAAUUUUUAUUAGAAAAAAAAAAUCAAUAAGUACAUGAACUGUUUAUGAUAGUACAGUACAACAUCUGGACGCCCUGAAAUAUGUGUACGCGUUGCAUGUAAGAAGCAUUUUCUUUAUCAAAAUUACGUUUUGUUAACUUUACUACCCAGAUACUUAGUAAGGAAAAAGCUAGAGGUGCCAUCUUGGGCUAUUACGUUUUUUACCGAAUUAAAAACACUGCACCUUGGACAAAUAAAACUGUUGAUAGAGCCGGAGCGACAUCGCUGUUGGUGGGAUCACUAAAUGAACACACUCCAUACGAGUUUGCCAUGCAGGCGUUUAACGGUAAAGGUGUCAGUAAUUUAAGUGCUUUGGUGGAACAGACUACCGACCAGCAUAGUGAGUGUUACUUUAUUUUAUUUAUUCAGUUAAUUUUUUUCAUAUAUUGCCAAUAAUUGUUUUUUUGUUUGUUUGUUUUUUUUUUGCUAUGAUUAUAAUGAUUUGUAUAAUCUCAGAUAAUCUUUAUGUGCCAUAUGACCUACAGUGUAGUGUGAGUUGUUGUUAAUGGAUUGUCCGCAGCCUCCUGUUUCUUUGGUGAGAUUUUUCUUUCAUUACUGAAGAUAUAACGAAUUGUAGGAGAGAUUGGUAACAAUGGCAAUUGCAUGCAUUUGUUGUACACCUAUUCUAAUGACCCUUUUGAUAAAGGUGUACCAUGCAAUUUGAAAAGAUUACCAACCGUUCGUUCCUCAGGGUAAUUAGAUAUUAUCAACUAAUUUAAUGACAUAAAUUGACCUCAGUAAAGAGUUUCAAAGCUAACGUUUCGAGCGUUAUCCCUUAGGGUUAAGUGCCUUGACGAAAGGAUAACGUUCGAAACGUCUAAAACGUCAAAACGUCAGCUUUGAAACCUUUUACGGUGGCCAAUUUACGUUAUCAACUCAGUUGAUAAUACCCAAUUACCCUGAGCAAAGGAUGAAAACAAAAUAAGCUGGGACAGCAUUUUGCUAGAACUGAAGAUAUUAUUAUUAUUAUUAUUAUUAUUAUUAUUAUAAAAUAAUAUUUAUUAUAUAUUUUAUAUAAAAAAAUUUUUAAAUAUAUUUUUAUUUAUAAUAAAAGUUAUAAUUUUAUUAUUAUAUUAUUAUAAUACCAAAUUACCCACAGUUUCUUUUGAAACCUACUCCCUUUAUUCGUUUUAUAAUCAGUUCGCUGCCUGUGAAAAAUUGCAUCUACAAGACCUUAUGAUAAAUGUUCUUUGCUUUCAGAGCCUAGUGGACCACCACAACGAGUCCAAUUUAGCGAUGUAACAUCUAAACGUGUCACAGUAACCUGGGGUCCUGUCCCUGAUGGUGAUCGAAAUGGAAUCAUCCUAGGAUAUAAAGUGAAUUAUCGAGCCUUACCAAGUGGUGGCAACGUUACCGAACCCGUCAGUAUCAAAAGUAAUGAACAGGGUGAAGGAGGAACAAAGACUUUAGAGUCUCUGAAUGAAUUUACAAACUACAGUAUUAGUGUGUUAGCGUUCACCAAAGUGGGAAAUGGACCACCGAGCGUUGCCAAGUUUGUGAAAACACUGGAGGACAGUAAGUUAAACUAAUAUUUUCUCUAUUGUGUUACUUUAGGUAGAAUGUAAUACAAAGUGAUUAAGAAUAAGUCUCUGUAAGAAUCAAGCAUCUUGGGAAAUGAAAAUUUUCAACCCCCUCUUCAAAUUUUGCAUGCAGUUAGGCACUCAGAGGGGAUGCACAAAAAUGCCCUUUUUAAAGGUCGCAGCACUCUUGUUGCCAUGGUAACAACGUCUGCUUGUUCGAACCCUGGGGCCUCAUUUUCGUAAAAAAAACGUCGCAAAAAAGAGUGAAAUGUUUCUAUCUCAAGCUAAAUACAUCAUUGCAAAUUGGCACUUCUACCAUACAUAGUUAAAUCAUUUGUCUUCACUUUGAUACAUUCAAUUUUUCCCUGGGAGUGAAUGUGAACACACUAAUAGAUUAUUUAUCUCGAUACAGUUUCGGUCAUUUUUGUUGUCGGGUAAAACAGGGAAAACUUUUAUCUGAAUUUCUCCAAAAGUACACCGAUUCUGGAACUGAAACUACCCACCUAGCUAGUUAUAAUAUAAUAUUCUAGUUUUUAAACAUGUAAAAAUCUCUGCGGGCCUGCCUCUACUUUCCAUAGGGGCAAUUCGCGAACAAAGCUCAAAAAUCAGAUAUUGCAUAAUUUGGCGAUGUUUACACCUAAUGUUCUCAACAACAAAUGUUUCAGAAAAAUGAAACAUGCAAGGCUUUGAAGAAUGCUAUCUUAUGACCAAUAUCCCGAACAGAAAUCUCGCCUCUAGUUGUCAUCUUUUAAAAAAAAAUUGAUCAACCUUCAUGGAGGACUACUCGACGUAACUUCAAACAUAUACCUCAAAUCGUGAGCAUAUCAUCCAGAUUCCGAGUGCUACACCUUCUUUCAUGGGAAUUUGAGCGAUCCGAAGUCCUCUGAAGAGACACUGUUAUACUUGUAUGUCAUUUAAAACAUGUUGAAGUCGGCUGAUCUACACGAAACUAUCCUCACACCGGUCAUUUGUCAUAAACAUGUACGUUGUUAAUAUAGCGUGACGCUGUAUUUCUCCAUGAAGUUUCCAUCGGUCGCCCCAAAGAAGACGAGAAAUGGACAUUUUUCGAUAUAUCAGCAGAUUUCAAGUGUCAAAGUGACUGCCCAACUCAUUUUAGACAUUUUAGUACAAACGUCAUCCUUAAAAUCGAUGGAUUUGAAUAAAAACAGCAAAAAAAAAGUUUAAGAGAGAUAUGAGAGAAACGACGUUGGAAUCGGCGUGCAUUCUCCUUUGAUCCUGCUUCGUAGAUAAUCAGCUCUGAAGGUGAAGCUUAUCGCUUCCAAACGCCAUUUCGAUUAUAUUUGUACUGAACAUCCAGGAGCUCUUUCGCAAUUAAAUGUUCAGACGCGUGUUAAUAGUAUUUUUGCGCGACUUUUUGUACAUUACGUGUCCUGUAGCGUCUGCUAAAAUCGAGGAACCAUGCCUCAUGGAUUACUCGAGAUUUGAUGUAGUCAUGUAAGAAAAAGAAGAAGCUCUACAGGAAAGCAAAAAUUUCAGACCGACAAAGGCCUGGGCACGGACCGCACGAUAAACAACUUGUCACAAUGCUGGAAACUCCUUCCGGAGAAAACACAUCAAUAAGAUCUCUGAAGAUCUAAAGAUCUCUAGAACCCGAAACCGUUUCAGAGCUACAUCUCACCCCCCGGUAAAGGAUCAAACAAGUGAAUGAUGUUACGAUGACAGAGAAUUUAGAUGCUGCCGAAACAUGAGAAAACACAUCAAUAAGAUCUCUGAAGAUCUAAAGAUCUCUAGAACCCGAAACCGUUUCUGAGCUACAUCUCACCCCCCAGUAAAGGAUCAAACAAGUGAAUGAUGUUACGAUGACAGAGAAUUUAGAUGCUGCCGAAACAUGAAUUUUACAUGCGAGGAUUAUGCAAAUUUUCCUAUGUAAAACAAUGUCUUGGAUCUCAAAGUGUCAACUAUUCUGAGUAAUGUGAACGAAAUUAGCCAACUUCUUACGAAACUAAACUCGCGAAAGUCCUCCGGUCCUGAUCAGCUUUUACUGCGUGUACUGUAGGAAUGCGCAGUCGAGUUAGCGCCUUCUCUUGGUUAAUUAUUAAACAGUUCCCUCCAUACUGGCCAUGUGUCUUUGUCGUGGAAGUUAACCUAUCUUAACUCAUACAUUUCAGAACCUUCUGCUGCUCCUAAGAACGUGAGCGGACAUAACACAAGCUCAACCAGCAUCUUUGUUACAUGGGAUGAUGUUCCAGCUGCUGAUAAAAAUGGUAUCAUUACGAGUUACAACAUCACUUAUCACUCACUGACAGAGAAUCACAGUAACAGCACAACAGUGGAUUUUCCAGCCAAUAAUGUGACUCUGAGGGGUCUGAGAGAGUUUGUGAACUACAGCAUCACAGUGUUUGCUUCCACGGUGAAAGGAAAUGGACCUGAAAGCGAUCCUGUUAUUAUCAGUACUGGCGAAGAUAGUGAGUUAUUUCGCUUUUGGAUGGAUUUUCUUUGUUGCGUUUUAAAAACUUAGUUCUCAUCUCCACACACAUUCCAGCCCAAGGCUAGACCUAUUAUAGGCAGUAGCUAUUUUUUUUAUAUGUACAAUAAAAAAAACACUCCUAUCCAAUUUUUUUCCUACAUUUCACUUCAGACCCUUCUGCUCCUCCUGAGAGUGUUAGAGGGCAUAACACCAGCUCAACCAGCAUCUUAGUUACAUGGGGAUAUGUUCCAGCUUUUGAGAAAAAUGGUAUCAUCACGAGUUACAACAUUACGUAUAGCUCACUGACAGAAAAUGACAGUAACAGCACAACAGUGGAUUUUCCAGCCAAUAAUGUGACUCUGAGGGGUCUGAGAGAGUUUGUGAACUACAGCAUCACAGUGUUUGCUUCCACGAAGAUAGGUCCUGGACCGGCCAGUGAACGCAUUAUUGUCAGUACUGGUGAAGAUAGUGAGUAAUUUCGCUUUUGAUUGAUGUUUUUCGUUGUAUUUCAGAAGCUUGGUUCUUAGCUCUUAACACAGUCCAGUCCAGUGCCAGACCUAAUAUGGAGGGUAACUUUUUUUCUUAUGGACAAUAGGUAUCGAUUAUUUUGCUGUUUAGAGCAGUUCUAACCUUAUUUAUUUUAGAACCAUCUGCUGCUCCUUCGGAUGUGAAAGGACGUAACACCAGCUCAACCAGCAUCUUAGUAGAGUGGGAUCAUGUUUCAAAGCCCGAUCGGAAUGGCAUCAUUACGAGUUACAACAUUACCUAUCACUCACUGACAGAGAAUCACAGUAACAGUACAAUAGUGGAUUUUCCAGGUCGUCAAGGGACUCUGAUUGGUUUGAAAGAGUUUGUUAACUACAGCAUCACAGUGUCUGCCUCUACGAAGAUAGGACCUGGACCAGCCAGUAACCCCGUAAUUGUCAGUACUGGCGAGGAUAGUAAGUGAUUUUGCUUUUGGUUAUAUUCGUAUGAGUAUAUUUAGACUCAUUGACAAUCGAACCAGUUUUUGUAAGGCACUUGGUACCAUUCAUUUCUUCUAAUUCUUAGGAUUUAGAUUAUUUGUAAACUUCUACAAUAUUUUUAUACUUAAUAAAUUAAUUUAUUACUUCAAAUGAGUACGAAAUCAACGUUUUCUGUCAAUUCAUUCGGGUUAUCGAUAAGAACAGUUAUGCCAAGGGUUCUUGUGUAAUGCAAAUUUUCUUUGUGCUCUUUCCUUUAAUUGUGCAAUUUCCACUCGAGUUUAAUUGUUCAGGGCGUGAAAUUGCGCCUAAUACAGGCGCCAAUGCGACUAAAUUUUUCACUUUGGCGACCAAAUCCUGAAAGUUAGUCGCCAAAUUGGCGACUAGAACGUUUCAUCAUAACCUUACCAAGGGAUAUAGUGAAUUAAAAAGAUUUGUAAAGAUAAAUCCGCGGCAAACUUCCUCGUUUAGUUUGUUUCCAAAACGUAGCAUAUGCAUGUCGAUCGAUAACUAGACGCCAUCUUGGAUUUAGAUGAGCCUGAACGUUGUAUAUCAUCCAUCCUAGUGUCCACUUUGUAGCACGUUAAAGAUCUUUUCCCUAACUUAAUUUUGGAGGGUCUAUCUAGAACGCUGACAGCGUAAAGAAAGAUUUUGUUUGUCUUUGAAAAUGGCGACCAACUUUUUUUGAAUUGGCUACCACUUUGAAGAAUUUAGGAGCCAAGUCGCUAUCAGAAAAAAAAGUUAAUUUCACGCCCUGUUGUUCCUUGUAUAGAAAGAAAUGUCACGUUAAGAGUCAUGUGCAUAAGCUCUUAGCCUUGAGACUGUUGACUACUCCUUGCGAAAACACUCCUAUCCAAUUUUUUUCCUACAUUUCACUUCAGACCCUUCUGCUCCUCCUGAGAGUGUUAGAGGGCAUAACACCAGCUCAACCAGCAUCUUAGUUACAUGGGGAUAUGUUCCAGCUUUUGAGAAAAAUGGUAUCAUCACGAGUUACAACAUUACGUAUAGCUCACUGACAGAAAAUGACAGUAACAGCACAACAGUGGAUUUUCCAGCCAAUAAUGUGACUCUGAGGGGUCUGAGAGAGUUUGUGAACUACAGCAUCACAGUGUUUGCUUCCACGAAGAUAGGUCCUGGACCGGCCAGUGAACGCAUUAUUGUCAGUACUGGUGAAGAUAGUGAGUAAUUUCGCUUUUGAUUGAUGUUUUUCGUUGCAUUUCAGAAGCUCGGUUCUUAGCUCUUAACACAGUCCAGUUCAGUGCCAGACCUAAUAUGGAGGGUAACGUUUUUCUUAUGGACAAUAGGUAUCGAUUAUUUUGCUGUUUAGAGCAGUUCUAACCUUAUUUAUUUUAGAACCAUCUGCUGCUCCUUCGGAUGUGAAAGGACGUAACACCAGCUCAACCAGCAUCUUAGUAGAGUGGGAUCAUGUUUCAAAGCCCGAUCGGAAUGGCAUCAUUACGAGUUACAACAUUACCUAUCACUCACUGACAGAGAAUCACAGUAACAGUACAAUAGUGGAUUUUCCAGGUCGUCAAGGGACUCUGAUUGGUUUGAAAGAGUUUGUUAACUACAGCAUCACAGUGUCUGCCUCUACGAAGAUAGGACCUGGACCAGCCAGUAACCCUGUAAUUGUCAGUACUGGCGAGGAUAGUAAGUGAUUUUGCUUUUGGUUAUAUUCGUAUGAGUAUAUUUAGACUCAUUGACAAUCGAACCAGUUUUUGUAAGGCACUUGGUACUAUUCAUUUCUUCUAAUUCUUAGGAUUUAGAUUAUUUGUAAACUUCUACAAUAUUUUUAUACUUAAUAAAUUAAUUUAUUACUUCAAAUGAGUACGAAAUCAACGUUUUCUGUCAAUUCAUUCGGGUUAUCGAUAAGAACAGUUAUGCCAAGGGUUCUUGUGUAAUGCAAAUUUUCUUUGUGCUCUUUCCUUUAAUUGUGCAAUUUCCACUCGAGUUUAAUUGUAAUGUUCCUUGUAUAGAAAGAAAUGUCACGUUAAGAGUUAUGUGCAUAAGCUCUUAGCCUUGAGACUGUUGACUACUCCUUGCGAAAACACUCCUAUCCAAUUUUUUUCCUACAUUUCACUUCAGACCCUUCUGCUCCUCCUGAGAGUGUUAGAGGGCAUAACACCAGCUCAACCAGCAUCUUAGUUACAUGGGGAUAUGUUCCAGCUUUUGAGAAAAAUGGUAUCAUCACGAGUUACAACAUUACGUAUAGCUCACUGACAGAAAAUGACAGUAACAGCACAACAGUGGAUUUUCCAGCCAAUAAUGUGACUCUGAGGGGUCUGAGAGAGUUUGUGAACUACAGCAUCACAGUGUUUGCUUCCACGAAGAUAGGUCCUGGACCGGCCAGUGAACGCAUUAUUGUCAGUACUGGUGAAGAUAGUGAGUAAUUUCGCUUUUGAUUGAUGUUUUCGUUGCAUUUCAGAAGCUUGGUUCUUAGCUCUUAACACAGUCCAGUCCAGUGCCAGACCUAAUAUGGAGGGUAACUUUUUCUUAUGGACAAUAGGUAUCGAUUAUUUUGCUGUUUAGAGCAGUUCUAACCUUAUUUAUUUUAGAACCAUCUGCUGCUCCUUCGGAUGUGAAAGGACGUAACACCAGCUCAACCAGCAUCUUAGUAGAGUGGGAUCAUGUUUCAAAGCCCGAUCGGAAUGGCAUCAUUACGAGUUACAACAUUACCUAUCACUCACUGACAGAGAAUCACAGUAACAGUACAAUAGUGGAUUUUCCAGGUCGUCAAGGGACUCUGAUUGGUUUGAAAGAGUUUGUUAACUACAGCAUCACAGUGUCUGCCUCUACGAAGAUAGGACCUGGACCAGCCAGUGAACCAAUUAUUGUCAUAACUGGCGAGGACAGUAAGGGAUUUUGCUCUUUGUUUGAUUUUUUGCACAAUAGUUUAGAUGAUUACCAGAGAAAAUAACGUAAUUGUAUUGUGUCCCUUCCCUUGCAACUUGACAAGCAUCAAAGGACAAAGACACGUGCGUUGAUCAUAUGGUCAAUCUUUGAAAAUUCACGUGAUAGAAUCUAAAAGUGAGAGAACGAGAUGAUAAUGUGUAGUGGUCGUGUCAACGUAUGGUUAUAAGAGAGCGUCAAACGGGCUUGAAUUCUUUUUUUUUUUUUUUCUUGUUGAUAAGAAUUUGUUACUCUCAUCCAACCCAAAACGUCCUCAAGUCACGCAAAAUUAAAGGGAACGAAUUUCCGAGGCGUUGAUGGGAGGAAUUUGGUUGUGUCACGUUGAAAUCUAUCUGAUGCUCUCAACAAGGCUCUGUAAUGUUGUUACGAUCCCCAUCACAUCCUCCCCCCCUCAUCGGCGGCAAGUAAUUGGUAGUCAGUUGGUGGUCUGUUGGCCCUUCGCUACUCAUGAGAAUCAUGCGAUUCUUCAAAAAAUUCUCCCUUCUUCCUAGGCGAUUACUUACGACGGGUUCCUAAAGGAUGUUGCCUUAAAACAGGAUCGUUUGGUUUUUUUAACUUCCGUCUUCCUUUACACCACAAUCAAAAUGAAAAAUAAUUAUUAGGACACAGAUUUCAACGCAAAUUUAAAAAAACCUUUCCAAACAGAACUCUAUGUCUAUGUUGCCGCACAAAAAGGAUGGGGGCUCCAAAGCGAGAAUGCAUCAGCAUUUGAUCGAAAAUUGGCUCGUCGCUUAUAGGUCCCCUGGAGUGUGCAGACCUCUGGCGAGUGGUAUUUGAAGUAACAAAUAUUUCAGACGGUCUCCUCUUUACUUCGAGUGGUUACAAUGACAAUACUAAGACAAUAAUAUAAAAUGUGCCCAGCACGUUGACGCAUGUGCAAUCCUUAAUAUGAAGAGGCUGCCGACGGUGUUUUGCUAAGGUUACUGAUAUACUGUAUAUUUUUCUUGUAAAACUCAAGAAAAGUGCGUGACUUUAUGACAAUAUUCCUUUGUCCGCAGAGCCAAGUGGUCCACCAGAACAAGUCACAUUAGGUGAUGUGACAUCUACAAGUAUUAAAGUAACAUGGACUCCCGUCAAGGUUGGGGAUCGAAAUGGAAUCAUCAAGGGAUACAAAGUAAUUUCUCGAGCAUUACCAAACGGAGAUAACGACACAGAAGUCGUCAAUAUUACCAUUGAGAGUCAGGACACUGGAAUAACACUGCCGUUAGUGAGACUGAAUGAGUUUACAAACUACAGCAUUAGAGUGUUAGCAUUUACUGCAAUCGGAGAUGGUCCGUUAAGUGUUGCCGAGGUUAAGCAAACACUGGAAGACG